GAAGAAGAGACAUCGGACAAACAAAGUAAAGCAUUACUUUACGUAGGAUCAUUUACAGUACAGUCAUCGAGUAAAGGUCAGUAACCUGGAAAUCUCGUCUUAUCAGGAUCGAGGCGUGCGGGUAAUCGAGAAAUUUGCUGUCAUGGCUGAGGUGCAGAUUCGUCGCUACCGGGAGGAAGAUCAUGAAGAAGUAAAGGAGGUUUUUACUCUCGGGAUGAGCGAGCACAUCCCAUCGGCGUGCAUGCACGUUCUCAAACAGCCCAUAGUGCAGAUGUUUCUGGGAUGUGUGUUUUGUGCUUUGCUGACCAGCUCAAUGUCCAUCCUGUUACCUGUAUUAGCAGUCACGCUGCUUUUGGCCGCAGGCAGGCAGAGUGUGAGUUAUAUGUUCACCAAGUACAUCCAGACCAGCCUUGAGCAAGAUCUCAACCACAUUCAGCAGACCUACCUGGAUCCAGCUAAGGCCUGCUUCUGGGUGGCCGAGAGCCAGGGUCGUGUUGUGGGUACAGUAGCGUGUUUACCUGCCGAGAAAGACCAGAACUUCCUGGAACUGAAGCGGAUGUCGGUUAAAAAGACUCACCGUGGACAAGGCAUCGCCAAAGCACUCUGCCGUACGGUGGCUGACUUUGCUCGUGAGCGUGGUUUUCGAGGAGUACUGCUUUACACGUCGGUGGUCCAGACAGAUGCGCAGAAGCUCUAUGAGCACAUGGGCUACAUGAAGGUCAGUGAAUUUAGUGCUCCGGAGGCGAUUGCCAAGCUGACUAAUUUCACCUUGAUGGAGUACCAGCUCAUCCUCGAACUACAUCGCAGCUGAGAUUGAGAUCUCCAACUGGUUCAGAUCACUAAUGAAGCACACCAACAUUACCAAACACUAUCAACAUUUGUCUGUUUCUUCUUUAAAUCACCAACCUUGGAUAAAAGGGAACUUUUCUUUUAUAAGAAAUUGUUCAUAAAAAAAAAUCUGAUUUGGGAUGGUUCACCCAUAAAUGAAAAUUCAGUCAUCAGUUACUCACCAGUUAAAUGUCAUUCCAAACCUGUAUCACUUUUGUUUAUCUUCAACACAAAUGAAGAUAUUUUUAAUGAGUCUCUGUCCCUCCAUUCACAGUCCAGGUAACCAAAACCAAAAAAAUUCAAAAAGGUCAUAAAGUUUAAUUUAGGUUUUUAUUUUCAUCUAAACAAUGAUCGACGCACAUACAUAGAGCACGUCACAUAUGGUGAACAUGGACGUUCUCAAAUGGGUGAUAUGCGAGUACCAGUGAUGUUUAUGUUAGCGUGGGACGCAUGCACAAGCUUUCAUGUUUACCAUAUGCAAUGUGCUUGAUGCAUGUGUGUUUAUACAACUUGCGAAAGAAAAAAAAAUCUUCUAAUGAUGACAACUCUUGAUUUAUGUGGAUUAGUUUUAUGAUGCCUUCAUAACCUUUUUGGAAGUUUCGGUUACCUGCACUUUCAAUCGAGAGACAGAACUCUCGCUGGUUUCAUUAAAAAUGUCUUUAUUUGGUUUUGGAGAUUAACUAAUGUUGUAUGGAUUUGGAAAUACAUGAUGGUGAGCAAAUGAUAACAGAAUAUACAUUUUUGGGUAAAUUAUCCAUUUAAAAACCUGUCCAGAUCUUGUCCUGUCAGAAUAUUCAUCUCACCACUGAACCAGAAGCAUUUAAGGGACGUGUGCUGGGCGUCUGUAGUCUUUGAGAUUAUAUUGGUUCAAAUCAUUUCUGUUUAUUUAUUCAUAGCCUGUCCAUUUCUAUGACUCUGAAAAAAACAGUAGUUUCCUGUAAGUCAAGUAUUUGUAUUUGGUUGAUGAGAGGCAUGAGAUUGUUAGAUGGUGCUCAACAGGAACUGCUUGCAGCACGAAUGAUAUGUGUUACAUUUCCACCUCCGGGGCAUUGAUGUUGAUUACAAUGGCAGCGAGAAUGUGAAGAUUAGUAAUCAAUAUUAAUAGUUUAAGCUUAUUAACAGAAUCAUCAUCUCUAAUUUUACCAUAUAGUUGACUUUUUUCUAUUCUGUGUUCUUAAUUUAUGAAAGAAUGUAAGAUGUGAUUGUCCUGUGAUUGAAUGUUUAAAUAACUCAAAGCAUCUGGAUAAAGUUGUUUGUUCUAAUAAAACCAAAUGUAAUUGUUGUAAUAACCUAAAUCAAUAAAAACUUUUUUGAAUGAA